AACGCAGCGGGCGGGGAAGGUGGGAGGGGCGGCUCCACCGACGCAGUCUUCCCCGCCGGGAAGCUCCGCGGCGGCCAAAGGGAGGCGCCACCCUGCGCCUCCGGGGGCGCCCGGAAAAGCCUCCUCUCCCCCGGAGCAGAAGCACUCCUGUCUCCGCAGACGAGCUCCUUUCUCGCGGCCGGAGGAGGCGGAAGAGCCGCGCCAGGACUCGGGGGGUAGGUGGGGACGCGGUGGCGGGCGCGGGGAGCGCGCAGCCUGCCCCGGAGGCUGCGUGGACGCUGCCGUUCCGGCCCGGCGGGGACCCCGAGGUAGCGGGCGCGGGGUCCGGAGGCCGCCCCUCGGUACCGCCUCCCCGUCGACCGACGGCCGGCCGGGCCAUGUCCGGAGGUCCCGGCUCGGCGGCGCCGCCCCCGGGGUCCCGGAAGCCCGCCCCGCGGAGCCUCAGCUGCCUCUCAGACCUGGACGGCGGCGCGGCCCCGGGGACACGGCCCUGCAGGCCCCCCGGGAGCCCGGGCCGCGCGCCGCCGCCGCCGGCGGAGCCGUCCGGCUGCGACCCUCCGCUCCGGCCCAUCAUCCUGCGGCGGGCGCGCUCGCUGCCCAGCUCGCCCGAGCGCCGCCAGAAGGCCGGGGGCGCGCCGGGAGCCGCCUGCCGGCCGGGCUGCAGCCGCCAGCUCCGCGUGCGCUUCGCCGACGCGCUGGGCCUGGAGCUGGCGCAGGUCAAGGUGUUCAACGCGGGCGAAGACCCGUCGGUGCCGCUGCACGUGCUGUCGCGCCUCGCCAUCAACUCGGACCUGUGCUGCAGCAGCCAGGACCUGGAGUUCACCCUGCAGUGCCUGGUGCCCGACUUCUCGCCGCCCGUCGAGGCCGCGGACUUCGGCGAGCGCCUGGGGCGGCAGCUCGUCUGCCUGGAGCGCGUCACCUGCUCGGACCUGGGCAUCAGCGGAACGGUGCGCGUGCGCAACGUGGCCUUCGAGAAGCAGGUGGCGGUGCGCUACACCUUCUCAGACUGGCGCAACGCGCACGAGGCGGCGGCCAGGUGGCGCGGGCCCGCGGGCGCGGCGGGCACAGAGGAUGUCUUCGCCUUCGGCUUCCCGGUGCCGCCCUUCCUGCUGGCGCUCGGCUCGCGCGUGCACUUCGCGCUCCGCUACCGAGUGGCCGGCGCCGAGUACUGGGACAACAACCACGGCCGAGACUACAGCCUCACGUGCCGCAACCACGCGCUGCACAUGCCUCGCGGGGAGUGCGAAGAGAGCUGGAUCCACUUCAUCUGAGCGCGCCCCCUCGGAGGCCGCCCCGCGGUGCCUCCCGCGCGGGGCACUCUGCGCCCGCGGCGACCUUUACUCACCCCCCCCCCACCCCUGCCGGAGGCUUCUGGCCUCCCUUCCCGCUGCCGGAUCCCGGGGAAGUGGCCCUUUCCAUCUUCUACUUGAACCGCCUGUGUCGCUGGGUCUCAGAAGUAGCCUCAGGUGGCCAGAAGGCCGAGUCGUGUCAUGCGCCGGGAGAGGGGGGGGGUUCGAUGCAUGGCAGUGUUGGCCCGUCUGGCAAGGGUCCAGGGAGGGCCGGUCGGUGUGUUGGUUGGAAAGGCCUGUGGCUUGUGCAUGUGUCCUGAGUGGGUCUCUGUAAACGUAGCUGUUAUUUAUUAUCAUUGUGAUGUUGGAACAUUUUACCCUUACUGGAUGCCUUCUCAGGAACAUUCUGGAUUUAACAAGCUAAAGAAGAAGUCAGUCUUGUGUUUGUGCCCAUUGUAAACAGAAUGUAAGGUGUGACUCCCACCGUGGUUCCUUGAGGCAUUUCUGCCCCGGGACAAGGAAAACCUGACACUAGACUUGCUUGCCAAAGGCUGUAGACCUCUAACAGUGGGAAACUAUUAAUAGGCAGGAAAUUUAUGCCUCAUCAGUCAUCAUACAAUCAUUCCUUGGAGUUCAGGCUGCCCUGGUUAGGCCGUGUGUCUCCUACGUCAAGAGCCAGGGAACAGGAAAAAGCUUAACUUUUAAACUAGCAAAACAGCCCCUUCUCUUCGCGUCUCUUUUCUCACUUCGUGAGUGAGUUUCCCUUCUUCACGUUUGACAGUUCUCUGUAUCCGCAUGUUAUCAGGCCAUUCUGUUUAGGUUUGAGACUACCUAAACAUUUGAAGGAAUUCUGCCUUAAGUUAUCUCAAUUUCCAGGCGGCUCUAUAGCGUAAUUUCAGACAACAGUGCCCUUUGCAAUUACCUUUUUGAUGAUUAAGAUGACUCUUUUUUAUGUCUGCUUAAGUGUCAGAAAAUCCCCAGGGUCAUCUUGCAGAAGUUGGGUUACCAAGUGGAACUGGAAGGUGUUUUCAUCAAUAGCCAGAGCCUAGAGGAAAAAAAAAAUCACAAAUACACUUUUUAAUCGUUUUAAAUUGUGUUUGUAUAUGCCCGGUUUUAUCAGCCACCUGCCAACUUUAUUCUUUGUGCCUUCAGUUAGAGUUUCUAACAUUGUCUGGGCUUUUCACCCCAGUUUUUAAACUGUUAAAUGCUUUUUUUUUCUUCUUCUUUUUUAAAUCUCCAACCAAGAAGUCAAAGCCAUUGUCCCCUGCUGAAUGCCACAGUGACUUACAUUUCCCAGCAAGGCGCCGAUCAUUUCUUUUGGUGCUGAGUGGCGGUCUCUGACAGCAGGUGCCAGCAGUGAGGUGUGAAGACCCAACCAAGACAAACAGGCCUUCCAGCUUGUGAUGUUUGGUUCUGAUACAGCUGAAACCAGUGGGAUUAAUCUCUGGUAGCUGUCACCAAUAAAGCCACUCUAAAUUUUUGAAUACUUUUUGACAUUUGUCAAAUCAAUAAGUGAAAGAUGUGUUUUUGCCUCUCAACCAACUUCUUUUUAUUAUUGCAACCUCUGGGUUUCUAAAAUUCCAACAAGAGGGAUGGCUUUCUUUGGCACCUUUUGAUGAUAACAACACUGAAUUUUGAUUUAAGGCAUUGUAAUUAAAGUGAACAAGCUUUGGCUAUUAGCACUGUGCACUACAUUGAUAUGCAAGAGGGAUGGAAGGCUGGUUCCAUUUCCUGCUGUUUAAUAAACUGUCCAAUUAGGUCAGCAGGCCUGUGAGAGCCUUGGCUGCUAUGUCCUUGGCCCCAGCCCAGAAUGCAAGACCAUUGUCCAGAGCAUUCAGGUGUAAGAGUCAGAGCUGCCAAAUGUAUUGUUGUGUAAAGGCAUGUAAGAAUUUUAUCCAUGAGACAGUCACUUGCCAAAAAGAUUCUGGUCAUGGAAUAUAAAGUACAUGUUUUAUCUUCGAUAUUAAGAGAACCUCAACGUGCCUUUAAAAAAAUCAACAUGUAAACAUUCAGAACCUUAAAUAGUCCUGCCUAGUUGAUACAGAAGUUGUUAAAGUUCAGCUUAAGGAGAACUUUCAGACCUUAACACAGUUAUGUUGCUUAGAUGUUAACAUUUUGCAGUGGAUUGUGCAAUGGUGGGGUUGUAUCCCCAAACAUAUUUUAAUGUCAUUAAGAUGAUUUCACUCAAGCCUAAAUAUUAAAGUAUAUGCAUACAUUG